UGGCUGCUGAGCGAUUCUCGGGCGGGUGGCCUGGCCAUUUCCUAACCUUCUAUUAAGGCGCAGCCGCUAAAAGUCUUCAGGCAAGGAAACCGUUGCUAUACGGAAACGAGGUGAUCAGAAUCCCUACACAAUUUCCUUUCCCCCUGUGAACUCUGCAAUGUUUCGCUGCAGAUCAUGUCCACGUGGAAGGCAAGGCUGGCUGAAAGACUGAAGUCUCCGUCUGCAAGGAUGCAUCCGUUCCCAUGCUCGGCUCUGCUUGCUUGUUUUGGGAACACAAGGGAGACUGCUCCCUUAGAUCAGGCCAGCGCAGCUGAUACCUGUUCCACCAUCCAUGUUCAGCCCAAGGCCAAAGCGGGCCGACACCCAAGUCACCCGCGAGGUGAAGAAGGCACCUCAGAGAAAGGGCGAGAUUCAGGUGCCCAUUCAGAGACAAAUGGCAGCACAAACCGGAAUUCAAGCAACCACUCUGCCGUCCAGCCCGCUGACACCCCUGAGGAUCUGCCUGGGUCUCCGGAUGGAGGAUCAGUUCAUGAAGCAGUUACUUUUCAGCCUUCUAUUCCCAGACCAUCAAUUAUUGAAAUGCCAGAAGAAGAGGAAUCCCCAAGAGAACCACAGUGCCUCGGAGUGGAACCGAAGAUGGCAGCAGACAGCCCACUGGAGGAUCCUGACCCCAAGGACACGUAUCUCAUCCCAAGAAACAUCAUGGCCGAGCCAGACUAUAUAGACGAUGACAAUCCUGAACUCAUUAGGCCUCAGAAACUAGUCAAUCCUGUUAAGACGUCCCGGAACCAUCAAGACCUUCACAGAGAACUUCUUAUGAAUCAGAAAAGGGGUCUAGCCCCUCAGAAUAAACCAGAACUGCAGAAAGUGAUGGAAAAGAGAAAACGAGAUCAAGUAAUAAAGCAGAAGGAAGAAGAAGCACAAAAGAAGAAAUCUGACCUGGAAAUAGAACUAUUAAAACGGCAGCAGAAGUUGGAGCAGCUUGAACUUGAGAAACAGAAAUUGCAAGAAGAGCAAGAAAAUGCCCCAGAGUUUGUGAAGGUUAAAGGCAAUCUCAGAAGAACAGGCCAGGAAGUGGCGCAAGCCCAGGAGUCGUAGGUCCAGGCUGCAGAGACCACGCACCCAGCCCAGCACACAGAAGGCCUGUGCCGGGGCCUCCCCAGCGCUUAAGCUCAGGGCCAAAGCCCCUGGAGCGAAUCCCAGCCAGCAGGGAUCUGUUACUUUCAAAAGGGUUUGAUUUUGGUUUUUCUCUCAUCCGGGUGGGUGAGUCACCUGUGACUGUUGCAGUUCCUAUUCGCCAAACAAAGGAUGUUGACCAGCACUUAAGGUGGGAUAGUGGACCUGUGUUCAAAGACUUUUAAAAGACAACAACAAGAAACGAAGAGGACACUGGAAUAAAUUCUUGAGAGUUGCACUACUUGGUUUUUCUUCCAGGCCAAGUUUAGUGGGGCACAGAGCCUUUUCUCUUUCAAAACCUAAAGAAAACACCUUUCAUUCUUCCUUUCUUAUCUAUCCAAUAAUUUAGACUGCACACAAACUCGUUGAAUCUGUUACAUCCACCAUUUGUAAAUUCCGUUUUCUUGUCUCAUUUACACUUUCACCCACUUUAGGCUUCACACUGGAGAAUGUUAAUAUUCAUGUUGAGCACAGCUUUUACCUUUGUUGACAUUUAGAUUCAGAAAUAGGAUGAGGAGGUGUAAAAAUACAGAAACAAAAAUUUAGAAACAAAACUCUGUAAAUGUCCAUCUUGAUCUUAUUUUCAUUCCUGCUGGUUUUCUGAGGCGUCACAGUGACCUUCUACUUCAGGGAAGGUAUGUCCUACAAAUCUGUGUAUUGCUUUGAUAACUGUUAGGGCUUUUGUUUCAUUUUUGUUUUUAAUUUCUUGCUCAUUUAGUCCUUUUAUGUGAAAUAAUCUCCCAGCCCUUUGAGGAAUAAAAACUAGUCCAAAUCACCCAACUUCAGUGUCAAAGGAGUGGGUUCAAGCCUUUUGCUUUCUUCUGAGAACAGCAUGGGGAAAGCUCCCACCGGAAGCUUGGGAAGGAAGAGUUCUUUGGGCUUUUUGAUAUGAAACGAAUAUGAACUGGUCUCUGGAAGAAUUAUAGCAUUUAUGCAUUUUGAAUAUUAUUUGAAUGCAAGCUUUGAAAUUCUCUAAUGAUCACCAGCUCUUUGCCCUUUUUCCUUGUGAAGGAAGACUGUCUCAUCCCUACCUUUGUGAUGGUGGUACUGUUGGUAAGGAUGAUGUUGUGACCACUGUUGAUCUCUCCGGAACAGCUGAGGGAAUGGGGCACACUCAGUCUGUGCUCUCCAACUGGCAUACUAUCCUCCACAUGAACCCUGAGUUACCAACUUUACAGCAGAUUCUUAAUGCAGAAUGCAUUCUCUGUCACCAGUAUGGGCAGGGGAAACAUUUCUAUUUGGGGUGGUUUAGAAGAAUCUGUAUGGAUCCAGUAUGUUCUCUGUAGAAAUGAUUCAUCCAGUAAUUUCGGCGUUGAAGGCUCUUCUUAUAAUUCAAGAAUCAAAGAAAGCUGGAUCCUAAGCUUUUGUAUCCUUAAUCAGCCUAGUAGAAAUUAGCUUUCUCUGGGAAUUCUGCAGUUUUCAUGGUGGGCCAUGAGGCUUCUGUUCGUCCCUAAUGUGAACAAGACAAAAGUAAAUGCAUAGAUAAUAUACUGCUAGUCAGAGAACACGUGGACUACACCUGAAACAGAUUAUUUCUUUCAUCAGCAAGUAUUAUAUGAA